GGAUGAAACUCUCAAAAGUCUUCUAAUAUUUACUACGAGGUUCAGCUACACGACACCCAAUAUAUUAAGGUUCCAACACUGGGAGCAGCUCCAUGUGUGGACAAGAUGGCGACUCAGGCGGCGGCCGCUCUGCUCGAUGAGUUGAUGGGAAGAGCCAGAAAUGUCCUGCCCGAGGAGAGAAAUCAACAGCUCAGUUGGGAUUCACCGGAUGUGUGCCGUCACUUCUUAGUCAAGUUCUGCCCUCAUGACCUCUUCACCAACACUAAAUCAGACCUCGGUCCUUGUGAGAAGAACAUUCACGAUGAGGACCUUAAGCGAGAAUUUGAAGCGUCAAAUUCCUAUCGCCGCACUGCCUUCGAAGAUGAAUUCGUCAGAUACGCUGAAUCUAUGCUCACCGAUGUUGAUAAAAGAAUAAGAAAAGGGAAGCAACGUCUGUCUCUAUCAGUUAAGGAAGCAUUGGAUAGCAGCACCACUGGUGAUGGACGUGUUGAUGAGCAACUGGAGCUUCUCUCUGAGAGAAUAACUGGGUUAGUCAGUGAAGCUGAACGUUUAGGGUCGGAAGGCAAUGUUGAAGAAGCACAAGGUUUGCUGAAGUUGUGUGAUCAACUGAGAGAAGAGAGAGACGCACUCCGUCGCAGUAGUGAAAACUCUGUAUGGCAUCAGGGUAGCCCUUAUCUCACUCAGGCAGCAGAGAUGGCUGCUUCCCAGGAGAAGCAAAUGGAAGUGUGUGAGGUGUGCGGUGCAUUCCUCAUCGUGGGUGACGCCCAGCAAAGAAUCGAUGAUCACCUCACGGGCAAACAGCACGUUGGGUUUGCCAAACUCCGCCAGGCCAUCCAGGAAAUCAGAGAUAGUCGUGAAAAGGCAAGAACAGAGCGCGAGCUACUACGCGAGAAGGAACGGGAGGAGAGACGUAAGGCAUUGCUAGAAGAAGAGAAACGCAAGGAAAAAGAAAGAGAAGAUAGACGGAAGAAAGAAGAAGAAAGAAAACGAAGGAGCCGGGAUAGAGAGCGCGACAGGGAGAGAAGGGAUCGUAGUAGAGAGAGAGACAGAGAGCGUGAAAGAACCAGAGACCGGGACAGAGAGCGCGACCGGAGGGAUCGACGUCAGUCUCGCAGCAGAGAGAGAAGACAAUCUCGUAGCAGAGAGAGGAGUUACAGAAGCUCUCACUCAAAGGACAGAGAUCGACGAGACAGGGACAGACAUCAUCGGUCUCAUAGCCGUGAUCACGAACGCAGAAGAUACAGGGAGGAGAAUGGACACGUACAACCCCGUGACUACUGAUGGCAACAGGGCUUAAGGGAGGAAGCCGAGAGGGAGACGCGGAGAGACGAGGUGGACGAACAGGGCAUGAGUGAAGGCUUAAGCAGUGAGUGAUCUCCGCUUGAGGAUUACCUUCUGGGAGCAAGCAAUGAAGACUCGGUCAAGCUACUUCUGCAGUACACUCUUAUCUUGGGACUGAACGAGCAGCGUAGUCUGACGGAGAACGAUGCAGAAUUUCAGGACGUGCCUUCAGCCUCGACUUUUUGUAGCCAGGUGAUCCCCCUCCUUUCACACUCCCCUCUCUGCCUCCCCCACUCGGCCUCUUCCCAGCCCUACCCAUCUUGACUUCCCUGAUGGGCAUUCAUAGGUUCAACAGUCUGAUUUUAUAAAUCAUGAGUUAGUGUAUAUUUUUUCCUCUUAGGUUUCAUUGUAUAAUUAUUACCAGAUACAGUACUGUGGUGAUGUUCUGGAACAGACAUUGUUUGAAUGACUGUAAAAUUUAUACAUUAUAUACAUACUGUAGUUUGCUUACAGUCUACACUAUGUGUACUUUUGAGAUGUUAAUGCUAGGGUGAUGAAACAUCUUUCCUGUUCAUCUUAGUUUAGGUGCGAUAACCUCUUCAAACAGAGUUGUGAUGCUGUUUAAGGAAGUUCGUUGGUUGUCCGGUCACAUUCCAUCAAUUAUCUCAUCUCUCCACUCUAGUAAGGUGAGAUAUUGUGAAUUGUGUCAAUAAAUGUGUAAAUUCUAA